GGGGGGUGGGGGGGGGGGGGGGGUGGCGAUACGAUCCCCCGCAAGGGUUCCGCAGUAUUGCAACCAUGUUGCAUGGACGUAAUGUAAUUGGAGAGAUAACAUUUGUUAAACUGCAAUGGAGAUAGGUACCUAUUUCCCUUCAAGUGGGACUUAUAAAUUUCUCCCAGCUACACUUGGAUGCUUCGAAAUACGUUUAUAGGCAAGUUCCUUGUCUCCUAGCCUUCUAAUUGUAUUACUACUGUGAUGUAGAUGCUGGGACGUAGAGCUGUCCCUACGUAUGUUAAAUAUAUAUUAGGUUGAUUAGUUUUCGGCAACCGAAACAUCUAUAGAUCUGGAACCUGCAGUUAUCUUGUCUGUAUAUCUUUUAUAUUCUGAACAUGGAGAUGACCAAGAAAAUAUACUGCUCGAUUACUGUGAAGUGAUGCUGUUCAACAGAAAAGUCUUGGAAGGAAACUUGGUUCAUAUAAAGCUUUACUAGUUAUGCGCACUCCUCUAAAUAAUGCUACAGUAACUGUCCUGAUCUCAUUGCAAACUCGUUCUGAAAGAUCCUUGAGUAUAGCUCGACUAGGUAAGCAGAGAUACUUUACUUCAAUACAGACGUUUACAUGUUGUUUAAUUUCUUUUGGUUUCCGGGGACAACAGAAAUGGUCUCCUUUUGGAUAUCUUUACUUCUACUUUGGGAGUUUACGAUAACAGCACUUAGCAGUUGCAUGCUAUGCUAAACCUUUAUCAUAUGAAAAAGGUUAGCCAAACUGCAACAGUUUAUAAUAUCUGCAGUGAGAUGAGCAAACCAUAACCAUCCCUUAGUUAAAGAAAAGGGAAAACGACCAACCAUCCAUUAGUGGAAGGUAUCUCCAUUCUGAUCACCUCCAAAAAUUUGAGGGGGUUGCAAAAUGCUCGGAAUUUGCAUGCUUCCCAAAGCAAACGGCCCUGAUUUCAUCUCCAAAAGUAACUACUUAUUGCCCUUCCAUAUAUGAACUGAUACCUCGUACAAUUAUACAUAUAGUGCCCCACUUGUAGUGGUUUGUUUGAUGGAAUGAAUAUUACUCCACCAAAAAGUUCAGAUAUGAAUACGCUGGCCUUAACAUGCGCAGAUCAGAGGAACUAGACACUUUCGGUGUUUCGGUUUCAAGACAGCACUUGCCACACACUCGGUUGCUUCCUUUCCUCAAAUUAACCUCCCAACUUAUCUUUAUCCAUUCCGUAUAACUGUUGUUCAGUUUUAUGGAUAUUAGGUACCUAUUUUCUUAUCCUACGCCAUUUGCCAUGAAGUUACUAUUAUUUAGGCGAAAUUGGUAUGCAAAUUUGGUGUCAAUCACCUUGCUGUGCUCUUUUUGCUUGUCAUUUUGGGAGCUCUUUUGAUGUAACUAUAUAUUUUCACCAAUUUCCACGUGAGUUGUUACAGAGACCACAAUCAUCCUGUCCUGAAUGACUUUCACGCUCAACCUUUAUAGUAAGGUACAUAUUUGGCUGCUGAUUAUUACCAUAGAUGCUUUCAAAUUCUAGCUUUGGUCUAGAAACUUCUAUUUCUCGUGUACCAACUGUCCACCCUAGUAUAAUCUAGCUUUCAAUGAUGAGCAUGUUGAGGUCCUGCAGCAAGAUCUGGAUUCUUUUCCUUGUUAAUUCAAAUAGCUAUUAUUUUGGCUUUUAGCACAGGACAUUGUCAGGUUUCUUGUUUCAGUAUUUAUUGGUAGAUAGGUCUUGGAUUUCCCUGAAGCGGGUGUAUAUUUUGCCUUGUUUUCAAUUGAAGAUGGCUGACCUUCAGUAUCUCCAGAUAAGAUGAUACCUCUUGUGUCAGAGUUAUACCUGGCAUUUUCCAAGUUUGGUUAAGGACCCUGGUAUAGAGUGGGAGCUUCGUGUGCAAUGAACUCAACUUUGGUAAAAGUUUCCAAUCUAUAUUGCCUGUGUAUAUCCCUGAACGUGUUAUACAUAUGAUCUACUUUCAUUAAGGAAUCAGGAUUUUACCCUGUUCAGUGAUUUUGGAGUUAUGACAACAUGUGUUGAUGGUAUCAACUAAUUUGAAAUGUUCAGUGAUUUUGGAUUUUGUUACGUCAGUGCUCUAAGACAAUUUCAUCAGGCUGUGGAGAUUAAAUGUUAAGGGAUUCUCUUACUGAUGGCCAAAUCAUGUCAGCGCUGAGGGAUCAGAUGCAUCAACAGCCAACAUCAGAUGCGACAUUUGCUUAUACUGUGAGGAGAACGGUUAAUUAAACUUGAGUAUGUGACCCAUACCUGUAUUGAUUAUGAGGUGCCACAAGACAUGGGCUGUGGGCGCCAAAUUAUCGGGCAGACCAAUCAGCAUCAGGACACUGCUGAAUCUGAUGUACAGUGCGAGGUAACCACAUUAAGGGAGAUGUCGAGCCGGAGGUCACGGUCUAGGCAGUCUGGCUCGUCGAGGAUCACCGAGGAGCAAAUCAGUGACCUCGUUUCCAAGUUGCAGGACCUCCUCCCUGAAGCUCGCCUCCAGAGCAAUGCUAGAGUACCAUCGGCGAGGGUGUUGCAGGAGACGUGCAACUACAUCAGGAGCUUGCACCAGGAGGUGGACGACCUGAGCGAGAGGCUGUCGGAGCUGCUGGCGACGUCCGACAUGAGCAGCGCGCAGGCGGCGAUCAUCCGCAGCCUGCUCAUGUAGGGAGACAGACAGAUGUUGGGGUACCCUUGGAGCGUUCAUAGCCUAAUUAAGAGAGUGAUGUUUAGUACUUCGAGAAGCAGGUUAAUUGCCUCCCUAAUUCGCCAAUGUACUUAGGCUGCGUGCGCGCGCGCUCUUGUCGUGUCGACGCCUGAGCCAGAGCUAUCCCUUUUUCGUGUACUUGAUCAAGCCCAUCGUAAUUCGUGCAAAGCUCAAUUGUAUCAUUUCUGCGUGUUCCUUGCAACUGCUAGUAGCCUAGUACUCCUACUCGGUAUGCCUGUUUGUCUGUCUAGUGGUAGGCGGAGGCGGGCGCCACCUCGUUACCUCUCAUUCGAUACCUUCUGAAUGUGCUAGCUGCUUCCACUUUUGGCGAAA